AUGACAUCGAUGGACUUGAGUCCCGAGCAGCAAAGGAGAGCUUUGAGCUAUGGUUGCGACAGUAUUAGCGGCUUUCUUGGCAGCUUCUCGACUCUUGAAGCGUCACUAAAAGUCAAGGCCGGGCGAUGGAUGUGGGAUGGUUUCUACUACAUGCUGCUCUUGCCUCAGCUAUCAAGUUUUCGCUGGAGGCACUCGGGCAACGAGGUCCGGUUGAAUGCUGUUAGGACUGGCAGUGACGAGCAGGAGGAUAAAGAUUUGAAAGUCGAAGUCAAGACAGCCUUGACAUGCCCUGAAGGCUCGGAGAAAGCUCCCGUGACAUCUGGCCCUGUCGAUGCACCCUCGGACGUCCGCAGCUCUGAGGACUGGAUUGUUGUGGAUGAUGCUGCGAAAGCAGGAGCUUGUGGUCUCGAUCCAGAUGCCGAACUGGACCUGUGUUUCAUCUGUGACUGCACCGGAUCCAUGGGUCAGUACAUCAAGGCAGCACAGGACAACAUCCAGUCCAUCGUAGGCAAGAUCUCGCAAAAACAUGGAGCCAAGGUUCAGUUUGGCUUGAUUAGCUACCGCGACCAUCCGCCGCAGGACAGAACUUACAUUACGCAGUGCUACCCGUUCACGACCGAUUUGGCCCAGAUGUCCCACUAUGUUGAGACUAUGAAAGCAGCCGGUGGUGGCGAUGGGCCCGAGGCAGUCACCGCAGGCUUGCACGAUGCGUUACACCUUCCUUGGCGGCCGAACUCCACCAAGAUCUGCGUGUUGAUUGCUGAUGCCCCGCCGCACGGGCUGGAGCCGAGCGGCGACGGCUUCCCAAACGGCGACCCUGACGGACGCGACCCGCUGGACAUCCUCCACAGCAUGGCGGCGCAUGGCAUCACCGUGUACAGUGUCGGUUGCGAGCCGGCAUUGGGUGCCUACGCACAUGCGCGGGACUUCCUCUGUACAGUGGCAGAAAUCACUGGCGGCCAAGCUGUGGCCUUGGGUUCGGCUGCCUUGCUUGCAGACGUCAUCAUCAACGGCAGCGCAGAAGAGCUGGCGCUGUCCAAGCUGCAGCGGAAGGUCGAGGAGGAGGUUUUGAAGGUUCAAGUCCAGGAGCGCGAGGCUGGCCGCAGCAUUACGGCGGAAGAUGCUUCCGUGAGGGCCUGUGAAAACCUGCGAGCCGGAGGGCUGACAAGCGUGCAGAUGGAGACAGACGGGCACAUGGCGUACGCAAACAGAGUAUGCUGGGGCCCCGCAAGCGAGAAAAGAUCCCUUGCGAGCGUCAAACAGGAACUCAGUAAGGUCGUUUCCAGUGUUCCUGGUGCGGGCUCCGCGGGCUACGGGGGUGUCCUGAGGGGAGGUCGUGGCCGGGGAGGCAGGGGAGGUGAGGCUUUCUCUGUGCCUGCACCAUGGGCGGCCAUGCCUGCCACUAUGCCUCCCAUGCCGGUGUCCGCUCCGGCCACGGCCGCAUCCACAAACCUGCUUAAGGAAGACCUCAUCUCCUCUGCCCAAGUGAGCCGCAUGGUGCAAAAAGCGAAAUGCCAGAACCGUCUCUUUUAA